AUGGACGUUAUUGAAGAAUUCCUCGAAAAGCAACCGGUUUCCGGCAAAGUGAAAAUCUCUUUAUUUAUUCAGGAAAGCGAAGCUAUCACCACCAAAAUGUCUUAUGAUAUUCCAACGUUGAAUGCUCUGGAAUUGAGAAAGUUUUGGAAACAUCUUUUAGACAAGUGUCAGCAAAGCUUCAUUUGUGGUUACAGUCGUAAUAAAUCAAAUAGCCAAGCAGAGGAUGUUGAAGACGACGUAUUGAUAACAAAGCUGAGUGAGAGAUCGGUUCCGGUAGAUGAGGUGACUACUUGGAACUAUAAUAGCCAAAAAGAUUGUAUUUAUCCGGUGCUAUCGAUUACCGAAUUACUCAACACAGUGAACUUUGACAUCCUUUUUUUCGGUCAGGCUUUCCCUGCUAGCUCUAAAUCUGACGACGUGACUUACUGUUGUAUCGAUGAAGAUAUCACUGCUGAAUAUUACUAA